ACAGAUCUGGUUCUCCGGCUGAUCCGGUGGGCCCAGCCCCCAGACCCUUAUUCCCCGCGCUGUGUAUUCUGGGAACAGUCACAGUAGUUUCAAGAUGGCGGCGAGCAGGAGGCUGGCCAAGGAACUUGAAGAGAUUCGCAGGUCUGGAAUGAAAAACUUCAGAAACAUUCAAGUUGAGGAAUCAAACCUAUUGUCAUGGCAAGGGCUCAUUGUUCCUGACAACCCCCCUUAUGACAAAGGUGCGUUCAGGAUCGAAAUCAUUUUCCCCACCGAGUACCCUUUCAAGCCUCCCAAGAUCACAUUCAAGACAAAGAUCUAUCACCCCAACAUUGAUGAGAAGGGCCAGGUGUGCUUGCCUGUGAUCAGUGCAGAGAACUGGAAGCCUGCCACCAAAACUGACCAAGUAAUUCAGUCCCUCAUUGCGCUGGUGAAUGACCCCCAGCCGGAACAUCCCCUGAGGGCAGACCUAGCUGAAGAAUACUCAAAGGACCGUAAAAAAUUCUUGAAGAAUGCUGAAGAGUUUACAAAGAAACACGGCGAAAAGCGGCCAAUGGACUGAUGACCUGACAAGCGUGUAGCCCUCUCUCUGUCUCUUUCUCCACCUCUCUCCUAUCUCACCUGCCCGACCAAAUACCGAUCUUCCUCCUCGCUCUCCCCCAUACCUCACCACCUUCCUCACUCACUCUACUCCCUCUUUCUCCCCCACACCGGUCCUCCUUGCAGCCCAGGAGCCGCCCAACUGAAGCCAGGCAGCGGCAGCCUCAGCCUCCCUCCCUAUCCGGGACUUUCUGUGGAUCAGACAGCUUCCUCCCCUUCCUCUUCCUCCUCCUUGACCUUAAAUCUCCAGACCAUUACUAACUUUCUACUCUUUUCUUAAAGUAAAAAAUGGAAAAUGCAAAGUUAAGGAAACAUGAUGUUCAGAUGAAGCAUUGGAUGGAAAUACUCAGAGUAAUGUGUUAAUUUUCUGUUGGCUUUUCCUCUAUAUAAAUAAUUGUGUUAAAUAGAUAUCACUUAGACAUGGUUUUUCUGAAGUAUUUUUUGCAGAGCAGGGAAACUGGCAGAUUACUCUCUUUCUUUUGCCCCACCAGUAGUCUUUUAAGUUAAACAAACAUACCUGAGAAAAAGGAGCGAAGCUAGAACCUGGAGGUGUGUGCAGACUGAAAAGUUUCCCUUACUGACCUCCACUGCUUCUAGACUUGCACUGUACUCUGUGGAACAUCUCUCGCACAUCUUCCCAACAGUUUGUAACCCACUGAGCAGAGACAAUGGCAGGCCAUAUAUGAAUUGAAUUGUUAUUGUUGAAAAUGCUACUGAAGGUUCUCCAGUGAUAGUAAAAAGAAUUGGUUUCUAAACAUUCCAAAUAGUUUUCAUCAGCAGGCCCUUUUUUAGGCAAAUUAAACAGCGCUAUGCUCAUAGUUUCUUAGAUGCACUUUGAUGAGUUUUCAACACAGAUCAGUUGUACUCAGUUUCAGUCCACAGUGUUAAAACUGUUUUCUGCAUGACAAGUGACUAUUAUUAAGAAUUGUUUUCUGUCGCCACUUUUAAGCAUUUUGAUUGGCACAAAAAAUGGCAAAGUCGGAAGAAUGUUUGGUUAAUUUCAAUCUUCUAUGCACGUCUCUUCUACCACAAUUGGGCACCGCAGUAUAACCACCUAUCAUAUUAGACACAGAGCCCUUUACCACACUGAGACAUAUUCCAGCGGCAGAUCUACUGUCAGCUGCCCAGCUGAAAGGGACCUAAAUUGUCAGGAGGGGGGAAGGAGAAGCUGGAGAAGGAUGCACUCACCUGGAAUGAAGCUCAGCUCCUGGAGGUGGUCCUAGAAACAAGCACCUUGAAGGCAGCUGGGAGAGGGCUGGCUGUCUGGGGAUGUGUCAGGACAUGGAAAGGGACUGGAGUGGCCCAAAAACCACCAUGUAACAGCUGUUUGAUCUGGUCCCAAUAUUUGUUUCAUAAUAAAGAUGGCUAACCAUUUAGCCUCACUGUC